AUGGCAUCGUCGGUGGGGUCCGACAUCUUCGCAUGCCUGGCUCUUUUGACCAUCUCAGUCGCUGUCUUGUUCAUCCUACGACACUACCUACCCCUGCGAACCAGUCCCGCUUUCCUCCUCGUGCCGAUUUUCCUUGCCCUAGUCCUACCUGCGAGCGCACUCAUUCUAGUUCCUAUUGAUCUCGCGUCUAGCGCGCGAGAAAGCGAUCAUGGCGGGAAAGGAAUAUGGUUACCUAAAAGAGCUGUUUUGGUCUCGUGGAGGAUAGUCUACUGGUUGACCUUUGUCUUGACAUGGGUCGUCUUGCCUCUGUUGGGGGAAUAUAUGGACGCUGGAUACCGUGACCCCAAGUCACGGCUGAUCUACUCCCUGCGCUCCAAUGGCAGGUACCAGCUGAUUGUUCUGGUCUGCGCCAUUGCCGGUUUGAUCUACAUGAUCUUUUCCUAUGGCUUCGACUUCACUGCGAUCAGAGCCUUGGUCAUGGCCCUGGCGUAUGUGUGGGGUCUUGCUCUUGCCAUCUACUUGAUGGGCCAUGGGCUAGUCUCAAUCCCGAGGAGGAUGUUCCGAAAGGCAGAUAUCAGCGGCAGCCUGCGCCGUAUCCAGGGUCAGGCUCCAAGGGUUCAUGAGAAGCUGGAAGACGCCAUCGUGGCGCUAGAUGAGCUGGAAGCUCAAGUGAUGCAGCUCAAACAAAGGAAAACUGGGAGCGCCCGAGAGUUUCAGGAUUGGAUUGAUGAACUGGUUGACAUGACCGGCCAACCCGAGAGCCGAGUCUUCUCAAACGUCACCACCAUCGAUGCCUCUGCCAAAGUCCCCGCAGUCAUUACCGAAAGAUACAUGGCGGACCUGACUCGACGAUUAGUUCGAGCUAAACACCGACGAGCUAGAUACAUCCGCGAAUGGGACAACAUUGUGCAGACCGCCUCAGAUCUGCAGGCCAUCCUCGAUUCCAAAGGCUCUCGGAAACUGGACUUUGGCCGAUCCACGUCAUCCUCACUCAGGUGGUCUCUCAUGACCCCGUCAAUGCGCUAUCAUCUACACGUCCACCUCGUGCCCGCCGUCAGGGUAGCUCUUGGAGCCAUCCUCUCCGUUGCAUCGGUCGCCGUCAUCUGGUCUGAAAUUAUCAAAUUUCCUGCGCCGCACCUUUCGGCGGUCAGUCUCACAGUCAUUCACCACCCGAGUGACAAGAACUAUCAAAUUGGCUUCGGUGGGCAACUCGUCGCCUCCAUGUGGAUUACUUAUAUGUGCAUCUGUGCCCUGAGUAGCAUGAACGACGUCCCUACCUGGAAUCAGCGAGCACUGGUCAGGAGGAACACCUACGCUGAAUCCGCGUGCUGGUACGCAGGACAGAUUGCGAAACUGACGGUGCCGCUCGCGUACAAUUUCCUCACUUUCCUGCCCAGGGACAUUCACCAGAAUUCGACGUUCUAUGAUUUCUUGGGGAGACUAAUCAAUCUGACGCCACUAGGGACUUGGUUUGAUUACCUGUUUCCCAUGUUCAUCCUUCUUCCAGUGAUCAUGACAUUAUUUAAUCUAUAUGGCAAGAUCAAGAAUGUGCUCGGCUUUGGCAUAUUGGAAAUUGAUGAAGACGAGGAUGACAACCCAUCCGGCUUCGGAACCGGAGGCUGGCGUGAAGGACGAGAUCUCAUCGCACGCGAUCUUCAGGGGAAUCGACCAACCGCCACCUUAGGCAUUACAGAUUCACCGCGCACAUCUUUGGAUCGGCCUCGCGCUGCACCUGCACCGACCAGGGGGGUGCCUCCCACUGAUCGUGCUGGGGUUGGAAGCAACCGCACGACCGCAUCGAGUACGCCGCACAACCCGGCAUCCGGUGGUAGAUUCAGAGAUAGACCUGCGUUGGAACCUGAGCCCGAUGAGGAGAAUUUCUUCACGCUGUUCGGACGAAGGGUGAAGAAUACAAUCGAUACCAUCGAAACACCCAAGUGGAUGCAAGCUUCCACAAGUCGUGGUGGCGGAUUCAAACGGCCUCGAUGGUUAGGCGGGUCAAGCGAUGAGGGCGGAGACAACGGUGGUAGAAGUGGCAGCGGUGAUGGUGGUAGCGGUUCUAAUGUCCUGGGAUUGUUCGGUGGCCGGACCCAGGACGGGAGACUGACGAUAUAA